AUGAUGGAUCCCACUCUUCCUCAAGAGGCUUUCGCCACGUUUAACGAACAGGAAAGUCGGCUCCUGAAAUUGCACGACAAAUCCAAUUCUCUCGAUUUCAAUCUUCUACGCGCCAACUACGAACAUCAGCAGAAGCUGAACAGUUUUUCAGACAAGAAGGAUGGCUGGCACAAGAGUGUUAACCGAUUGUUCAAGGUAAAAUCGAUUACAACAAGUCACGUCGAUAAAGUACUAAUUGUUUUAAAGAGCUUCCUUGGUUUACUCUCCUGUGACCAGACUCAAUUAAAUUUGAUGAAAGUCACACAUGAUAAUAUCGAAGUUACUCUGGGAACGCAAGAUGAUAAGCAAAGUAUCAACAAAGCAUGGGAAGAAAGUAUGAUAAGUCUGGUCGAAAGUCUUAGGGCCAAAAAGUCCAGAAGUGUUUCAACUUACUGUGAGCAGAAAAAGCAUUCCAUGAUGCAGGAGAUCUUGAAAAGCAUCGACGUCCUUCUCGAUAUUCCAAAGUCUAUGACCUCUAUUGUUGAUAAUAACAUUGGAGCUUCCACCAACCACACUCAGUUGUUAGUCACCGUCUUAGCUGAAAAUGCUUCUCUCAAAACAGAACUUGCAAAAUCCGAGUAUGAAUUAGGACGAAUUAGAAACCUCAGACCCUAUACUGGUAAUACCUCAUCACAAGAAAUCUUAAUCUUGAAGCAGAAAUUGGAGCAAGUUGAAGAUGAAAAGGUUGAACUUGUGUUGGGACUUUCUGCUACCGAUGGUGAACUUGAGUCGACACGGGCAUCACUUGCCGAUGCAUACACAGAGAUUGAGAGCCUAGAAUACAAGCUGAAUGGGAAGAAUCAUCCAAAUCAUGAUCUUCGUACACUUGCCGUUAAUGUCCGCUUUCGCUUUCUGAACCAAGCAACUCGACGCAACAUUCGUGGAAACUAUACAGCAGUACGUGGUCUUAAAGUCACCGACGUAGGCGCUAUUGAGCGCGGCUCAGCUGCUGUACAUGGUGGGGAUGUCCGAACUGAUGCCUUCAUGAUUCGGAAUAACAUACACAACAAGUUCAACGAUGACUAUGAAUCACUUUUCUUGCACAUGUAUGGUGUCUCCGUUGACGAGGUUUCUCAAGGAAGAGAUGGUAAAUAUCGUCUUGGCUCCAAACAUGUCGAAAUAGCGGAUUUGAGAGGUACAAUGGUACAUUUUUGUUCGUUCUCCGAACUUACGCACGAUGAGGAAAUGGAUGAUAGGUUUGAUGGUUUACGAUAUCAAUGUGAUGUGAUUUAUCAAGAAUAUCUCGCACAAUUAAGAUCGGCAGCUAAGGCACAAGAUGCAUUCAAUGAUAGCCCGGUCAUCGAUGCACACCUUCAUGCCGUGCGAAAUAUCUCUGAUCAGAUUGUUGGCCUAGAGAAGCAAAGACUCGAGGGCGAGUGA